AUAAAUUCAAGGUGCAGUGACAUCAAGGGACAAACUCCAGAGGACUUCAGAGACGCCACGAAGACAAGCCCAAACUCACAUCAUGCCAAACUACAAACUCACUUAUUUCAACAUGAGGGGGAGAGGAGAAAUCAUCCGCUACAUAUUUGCAUAUCUAGAUAUAAAGUAUGAAGACCACAGAAUAGAACAAGCUGAAUGGUCUGAACUCAAAUCAACUCUCCCAUUUGGUAAAAUCCCUGUUUUAGAAGUGGAUGGCCUUGCCCUUCACCAGAGCCUUGCCAUUGCAAGAUACCUGACCAAAAACACAGACUUGGCUGGGAAAACAGAACUGGAGCAAUGCCAGGUUGAUGCAGUCGUAGACACCCUGGACGACUUCAUGUCCCGCUUCCCCUGGGCAGAGAAGAGACAAGAUGUCAAAGACCAAGUAUUUAAUGAACUGCUUACGUACGAAGCACCCUGUCUACUGCGAGAUUUGGAUACAUAUUUAGGAGAUAAAGAGUGGUUUGUUGGUAACUCUGUCACAUGGGCCGACUUCUACUGGGAAAUCUGCAGCACCACACUCCUGGUCUUUAAGCCCAACUUGCUGGACGCUCAGCCCAGUCUGGUGGCGCUGCGGGACAAGGUGCAGGCUCUGCCUGCCAUCGCCAGUUGGAUGCAGCGCAGACCUCAUACUAAGCUCUGAGCCUGCGGCCACGCCCCUGGCAACAGCGGCCCCGCCCCUAGAAGCCCUGGCCCCGCUCCCCACUCACCUCCCUAGCCCCCUCAAGAUGGCAUCUCUGGGCUGGGAAAAUAGCUCCCUUGGAUAGUGUGCUGCUCUGCCAUGGGCACAACCCAGGUUCGACCCGUCCCCACUGCAUUGCAGGAAGCUGUGGCCUCUUUGUUUCUCUGCCUGUCUUUAUUAAAUAAUAAUUAAUAAUAAUAAGA